AUGGCAGAGGAAGAAGAGACGAGGAGGCUGAAGGCGCUGCCGGGGGCGGUGGGGCUGGGAAGCUUCAACGCCAUGCGAGCAGCGCAGGGCAAGGAUGCUUUGAGUGCCGCAGGUGGAAGGCAGCAGGGAGCUGACAACCUGUUCCAUCCCUUCACCUAUGAAGGCGCAGCAGCAGAGGAAGCUGACAACCUGUUCCAUCCCCUCACCUAUGAGGGCGCAGCGGACCUUGACUCCCUCAGCAGCUUGGUGGUGAGGAGAGGCUUCGAGACUCAGAUCAACGAGUUUGGUCAAACGCCAAGGCAGCUGUUCGUCCAUCCCCACCCGCAGCGCUCCCCACGCCCCACACCCAGC